CUCGCUGCAGGCUCGCCUGUUCUCUUUCAGUAACGCGCGCUCCCUCUAAUCCACCGUCAUUUUUAUGGGAGAGAAAAUAUGAUUUGUCAUUGCGAAGCGCUAAUCUUCGCUGUUCGGACAGCGGGGUGAAAGAGAGGGGCUGCGAUCCUGCUCUUGAACCUGAUCUCCGCCGCCGCACCGCCGCGAGCGCUUAAAAGUCUGUCGCUUCCCGGUGGGACUACCUUUAUCCUGCUAUGUGCAAGGAAUCUAGAUGCCCGCGCACUGCAUCCGCCACACCAGAGCCCUCCGAGCACCUUGACGCCGCACAGUGAGCUAGAAUGAUAGCCGUCUCUUUUAAGUGCCGAUGUCAGAUACUGCGGAGAGUGAAUAAAGAUGAGGGGCCGUACACGAAGCACUCCAACCCCUCCAGGCCACCAGAGGGAGCACUGGCCAUCAGGAGACAGAGUAUCCCAGACGAGUUUAAGGGCUCCAGCAUCGUGGAGCUCAUGAAGAAGGAGGGCACCACCCUGGGCCUCACCGUCUCCGGCGGCAUCGACAAGGAUGGCAAGCCCCGCGUGUCCAACCUGCGCCAGGGCGGCAUCGCUGCCAGGAGCGAUCAGCUCAACGUGGGAGACUACAUCAAGUCAGUCAACGGGAUCAACCUGACCAAGUUCCGCCACGAUGAGAUCAUCAGUCUGCUGAAGAACGUGGGGGAGCGGGUGGUGCUGGAGGUGGAGUACGAGCUGCCACCUGUCUCUGUUCAGGGCUCAGGGGUGAUGUUUAAGACCGUGGAGGUCACCUUGCACAAAGAGGGCAAUACGUUUGGGUUUGUCAUCAGAGGAGGCGCCCACGAAGACAGGAAUAAGUCUCGCCCCAUCGUCAUAACAACCAUCAGGCCCGGAGGUCCAGCUGACAGGGAAGGCACCAUAAAGUCGGGGGACCGGCUGCUGAGUAUCGACGGUAUCCGCCUGCACGGCACCUCCCACGCAGAGGCCAUGAGCAUCCUGAAGCAGUGUGGCCAGGAAGCCACGCUGCUCAUCGAGUACGACGUGUCCGUCAUGGAUUCGAUAGCCACGGCCUCGGGGCCGCUGCUGGUCGAAGUGGCCAAGUCCCUGGGCUCCAGUCUGGGAGUGGCGUUAUCUACCUCUAUGUACUGCAACAAGCAAGUCAUCAUCAUCGACAAGGUGAAGCCCGCCAGCAUCGCGGACAGGUGCGGAGCGCUGCACGCGGGGGACCACAUCCUGUCAGUGGACGGCACCAGCAUGGAGUUCUGCACCCUGGCUGAGGCCACCCAGCUGCUGGCCAGUGCCUGUGAGCACGUCAAAAUGGAGAUUCUGCCCCACCACCAGACCAGACUGGCCCUCAAGGGCCCCGAGCACGUCAAGGUGCAGCGAAGCAACAGGCCACUCCCCUGGGAAACCUGCGGCAACAGCAGCACCAACAGCAGCUUCCUUCCCUACCAGCAUUAUAACACCUACCACCCCGACCAUUCCAGGACCCAGGCCUCCAAACACCAGAAAUCCUCUCCAAACAACCUUCCCUUGGGCUCGUCCUUCUCUCCUACCUCCAUGAGCGCCUAUAGCCUGAGCUCCCUCAACAUGGGCACCUUGCCCCGAAACAUGUACCCCACCAGCCCCCGCGGCACCAUGAUGAGGAGGAAGUUGAAGAAGAAGGACUUCAAGAGCUCACUGUCUCUGGCCUCCAGCACGCUGGGACUGACGGGCCAGGUGGUCCACACGGAGACCACUGAGGUCACCCUCGUCAGCGACUCCAUCAUGGGCUUUGGGAUUCAGCUGCAGGGGGGCGUGUUCGCCACGGAAACGCUGACCUCCCCCCCGCUCAUCGCCUACAUGGACCCCGACAGCCCGGCGGAGAGGUGUGGGGUCCUGCAGAUUGGCGACCGCAUCCUGGCCAUCAACGGCAUCCCCACAGAGGACAGCACCUUGGAGGAGACCAAUCAGCUGCUGCGUGACUCCAGCAUCACCAGCAAGGUCACCCUGGAGAUCGAGUUCGACGUGGCAGAGUCAGUGAUCCCCAGCAGCGGCACCUUCCAUGUGAAGCUACCAAAGAAGCCUGGGGUGGAGCUGGGAAUUACCAUAAGCUCUCCUUCCAGUAGGAAACCAGGAGACGCCCUCAUUAUCUCGGACAUCAAAAAGGGAAGUGUGGCACACAGGACGGGCACUCUGGAGCUGGGGGACAAGCUCCUGGCCAUCGACAACAUCCGCCUGGACAACUGCUCCAUGGAGGACGCCGUGCAGAUCCUGCAACAGUGCGAAGAACUGGUCAAGCUCAAGAUCCGCAAGGACGAGGACAACUCAGAUGAGCAGGAGAGCUCUGGUGCCAUCAUCUACACGGUGGAGCUGAAGCGCUACGGCGGGCCACUGGGUAUCACCAUCUCCGGCACCGAGGAGCCCUUUGACCCCAUCAUCAUCUCCAGCCUCACUAAGGGGGGCCUGGCAGAGAGGACUGGUGCGAUCCACAUCGGGGACCGGAUCCUGGCCAUCAACAGCAACAGCCUGAAGGGGAAGCCCCUGAGCGAGGCCAUCCACCUGCUGCAGAUGGCGGGCGAGUCCGUUACCCUCAAGAUCAAGAAGCAGGGCGAGCUGACGAGCCCCAAGCAGCCGUCGGUGUCGGGGCGCCUGAGCGAGCUGAGCGACGCGGACGAGGAGACGCAGGCGGCGCAGAAGGCGGGAAAGCUCUCAGAUCUGUACUCCACCACCAUCCCCAGUGUGGACAGCGCUGUGGAGUCCUGGGACGGCUCGGCCGUCGACACGGUCGUCAGCGGCCAGGUGCCCCCCUACCAGGCGUCAGGUUACAGCUUCCACAGCCAUGAGUGGAGGAGCGCCAAACCCCGGGGCAGCCUGUCUCCCGUCAGCACCCGCCAGAGGAACAACGUCUUCCAGGACCUGGGGCUGAGUGACGACGAGUGGGACCGGCCCACCGCCAGUGGGGCUGCAACGCUGCCCACCGGCUUAAUAACAGAUAGCAGGUUCACUGUAGGUCACGACGGGACAGAACCAGACCAGGAGGAGAACUUCUGGUCCCAGGCGCUGGAGGAUCUGGAGACCUGUGGCCAGUCCGGCAUCCUUCGAGAGCUGGAGGACAAGCCAGACAGGCUUCUGAAUAAGAGAAACCUGGCCAUCUUGGCCACCAUCAUGUCAGGCAGCACGCUGAGUCUGAACAACGACCCCGCCCCUCUGCGGAGCCACCUGGGCCGGCAGGCCAGCUUCCAGGAGCGCAGCACCAGCCGGCCCCAGUACACCCAGGCCAGCCGCAGCAACACCCUGCCCACCGAUGGCGGCCGCAAGGCCUUCGCCAUGAGGAAGAUGAAGCAGGAGACCAAGGACAUCCUGUCGCCCACGCCCGUGGAGCUCCACAAGGUGACGCUGUUCAAGGAGUUGGACACAGAGGACUUUGGAUUCAGUGUGUCGGACGGGCUCCUGGAGAAGGGUGUCUACGUCAACAACAUCCGCCCAGGUGGACCAGCUGAACUGGGCGGGCUCAAACCAUACGACAGGCUGCUACAGAUCAACCACGUUCGGACCAGAGACUUUGACUGCUGCCUCGUGGUGCCCCUGAUCGCCGAGUCGGGCAACAAACUGGACCUGGUGAUCAGCAGGAACCCACAGGCCUCUCAGGCGGCCACAGAACUGAACCAGCUCCCCACGGAGACGCCGACGGACUGGACCGAGCCAAGCGACCCCCAGCAGCAGCAGCAGCCAGCCGGCCAGCAGAACUCCAAACUGGCAGGGGUGGACGCCAGAGAGCCGACCAAGACCUUAUAGCAGCACAGACCGGAGCAGGCUAGCCCGAGAGACCGAUCCUCAUGGUGCUAAAGAUGAAUCACUUGAGCAAUGUUCCUCUGUGGGGAAAGUAAUGCAGAUUUUGACAAAGCACACCGAGUUCUCCUCCCAGCUGCCCGGACAUGAGCCGCUGUGGCAAGUCCUCCCCACGUAACCGUUUGUCUUCUGUUUGCCUGUAGUGGGUGUGUCUCAGCCCUGCGUUUUGAGAUGGUGAUGAUGAUGAUGAUGAUGAUGAAGACAUCUUGGUAUGUAGAAAGAAAAAAAACAGUGCCAUCCCUCCAUUUUUUAAUGCCGUAGGACAAUAAUCAUAAUGGGAAAACACAAAGACGUUUACAUGUCAGACUGGCCGCUCUGUAUGUAGGACUGCACUACGUGUGGUAUGUGUGAGACAAGGCCAGAGACGAUCCCCCUCGAUCUCCAGUUACCAGGAGCUCGUCUGACUCAUCCACACUUUGUGGAGCUUGUGUGGCCACAGCAGCAUGCUGAUGUGUAGCUCUGAACCUAUUUUUUAGUGACCUAAAUUCUUUUCAAGACAAACUAAACAAAGAAAAAAAAAAAGAUGUUGUAAAUACCCACAUACUCUCCCCCCACACACACACGCACACAAGUUGAUCUGUCAGGUUUUUUAUCUGUGUCUUCUGAAGAACAAAGGAAGGAGUUCAAGACCAUGACUGCAAUGAUGUAAGUGUUCCACACUAACAAGGAACAGGGCAGCCAGAUAAAGGAAGGGCUUCCUUUUUUGUCCCCUGCAACUGUGUCAUGAUGUGGGAGAAACUUCUAGGGGGCAGAGCAAUGCAUGAGACUUUUUGUAGGCAGUUUCUUACUUGGAAGGUGUGCUUGAAGUGCAGGGGGAGAAC